AUGGGAUGCUGUUGUUCGAAACGAGGUGGAUCAGGAGGCGCCGUCCGAUCCCAGACGGAAAUGAGCACUCAGAAUGGCGGCAAGGUUGGCGGUAGGUCCCUGUCCAUAGCGCGAACCAUGACGCAGCCAAGCAUCAACAUUGAGAAGGGGGCCACCAAGAUCUCAGGCAACGGCUUGGCUUUGGCGGGUGCUGCGAUUGAACAGGAUGCGGCGUAUUGGGAGUGGCACAUCCAUCAAGUGCCAGAAGGGACCAAAGUUUCGUUUGGUGUGGCUCAUAAGAAGGAUCGCAAUUUCUACAAUGAACUAGACAAGAAUAAUGAGGAUUCACCUGAACACAAUGGAAGAUCCAUGAUGAAAGAAAUUGAGGUCAAGAACGAGGAUACAGUGGGAGUAGCUGUACAACAAUCGGACUUGCCCAUGGUCCAAUUUUUGCUCAAUGGAGAACCGUUGCAUGAACUGGCCAUUAAUCGAUUCCGCGGCAUGGUGUAUCCUUCCGUCUAUUUACCAGAGCUGGAAGAAAAACUACAAAUACAACUGGAAAUGAAUGAAAACGGAUUCCGACAAAUGAGCCCUCAUGCUCGAUUUGGUCCUGUCAUUGUGGCAAGAGGACUCAUAUGA